UAUUUCAGAGGGUAUAUGACAUGCGGGGGAUUAAGAUAUCUAAAUAUAAGGCAUAUGAUGCAAGGAGGAAAGCGUUGUCUAAAAUUUUUGGAGAUUGGGAAAAAUCAUAUGAAUUACUUCCACAGUAUCUUGAAGCUAUCAAACGAAAUAAUCCGGGUACUGAAUACGAAAUAUUAUCCGAAGAGAUUGCACCGGGUAUGGAGAGGUUCACUCGCGUGUUUUGGGCAUUUGGUCCUGCUAUUAAGGGCUUCACUUUUUGUCGUCCGCUAUUGAGCAUUGAUGGUACACAUUUAUAUGGAAAGUACAAAGGCGUGCUUCUUGUAGCGACCGGUGUAGAUGCAAAUGGCGGGUUAUUUCCUCUAGCAUUUGCAGUCGUGGAGGUGGAGGAUACGUCUAGUUGGAAGUGGUUUUUUGAACUUAUAUACAAGUGGAUUCCAAGUGUCCGUGCGCCAAGAAUAAUUACCUUUAUUUCGGAUAGGAUGAAAGGAAUUAUAAGGGCGUUACAUGAGGGUUUUAGUGCACCACAUCACCAUCGAUAUUGUUUAAGGCAUAUAAGAGAUAAUUUCAAGAAAAAACACGGUGAGAUUAAUUUGCAAAAUCUUUUGUGGCAAGCCGGGUGUGCGACCGACACAUUAGUGUAUGAACAUUGCAGGGAGAAAAUCAAGUCUUUGUCAUUAGAUGCACAUAAUUGGAUUGAAAAUAACUUGAAGCCUCAAUUCGAGCAUCGGUGGGCAUUAUGUAAGGAUGAGGGUGUGCGGUUUUGCAUGAUGACGACUAAUUGCUCCGAGAGCUUUAACGGCGUUCUUAAAGGAGCACGAGCUAUGCCAAUACAAUCUUUGGUUGCGAGAACAUUCUAUAGACUAAACGCAUACUUCAACAAAAGGCGUGGUGAUGGCAUAGACUGGACAACACGUUACACACCAAAAAAUGAGUCCAUUUUGCAUAGAAGAAUUGAGGCAGCAAGAUCAUGUCAAAUUACUGUAUUCAACGACAACGAAUGGCAGGUACAAGAUUGUGACGGUAUCUACACCGUUAAACUAUUUGAUGUUGAUUGCACUUGCACAUGUAACAUACCACAACUCCAAAAAAUACCCUGUGCACAUGUGCUUGCGGCUUCUUCUAAUCAGCCGGGAGGUGCUAGAAUUCCCAGAAAUCGGUAUUGCUCGCCUUGGUAUUCAACAGCUCACUAUCAAAAGACAUAUAGUGAGAGUUUUCAUCCACCUGAUGAUAGUCGGUAUUGGCCUGAAUAUAAUGGACCACAUAUAGUUCCACCUCAGUACCGGAGACAAGCAGGUCGACCACGAUCUGUGCGAAUUAGGGGAACCAUGGAUCAAGGGCGAGAAGGAGUGGUCAAGCACAAAAAAUGUAGUCUUUGCAAACAACCGGGACAUACUCGACCUCGUUGUCCAUCUAGACACAAUAGAUAGCAACUAAUUGGUUUGUACACCAUGGAUCCUGGGCCGGUUAGUGAUGAGGUCUUAUAUGACCAGGCUCAGCAUCGUUCACAUAUUAUAUCCUGUACAGAGAGAGGUCCGAGUAUCGUUAUGGUUGAUCAUAGCCUCAGCCAUAGCCGUUGGCGGUUAGAGGAUGAGCGUAUCAUAGCAGCUGUGGGACGGGCCGGCUUCUUGACUUGUUCAAAGCUUCGUUGGAUAAAGCUCGAUUGGCCCCUACUGAUUGCGUUGAUGGAUAGAUGGAGACCUGAGACCAAUACUUUCCA